AGAUAGUACUGCAGUGCGAGCGCAGCAGGGGACUCGGAAGCAACGAGAGAGAGAGAAAGAGGCGGAAAAAAAAACGCACGCACGCACACGCACACACAAAUAUCAGCUGCCGAAACUUGGUGUAUAUGGAGAGAUCUGCAGCAGCGCCGUAGCGACGCAGGCCGACAUGGAAGAGUAUUUGCGGAGGGUCCAGAGCAGACUCGGGGCAGAUGCACCAGAGAGUUCUAUUCACGCAGUGUUGGGUGGGCUGGAGCCAGAUGUGGACACUGUGGCUGCUACACUGUGUUUAGCUUUUCACCUGAGCCAGAAGGAACCGUCGGGUGGAGUUUGUGUGCCGGUGCUGUGCAGCCGGCGGGGCGAUGCGGCGCUGCCAGAACAAACACUGAGCUAUCUGCAGAGUAUGAAAAUUAGUGAAAGGUCACUGGUGUGGAAGGAAGACGUGGAUCUUGUGAAGCUCCAUCACACGGGAAAGCUGUCUCUCACACUGCUCAGAGAUGGGCUGCUGGACAGCGCUGAGUAUCAGACUCUGGAGUCCAGCAUCCUGCGAGUGGUCCAUCACGACGGGCAGCAGCAGGACACUGGCGAUGAUGGGACGCCAUCCGCCGUGGCGGCGGUCGCAAGAGAGAUUCUUCAAGAGGCAGCAGAGCACAUCAGAGCAACGCUGGGGGAGAUUCUUGGAGAGGCUUUGCGCCUCCAACAGGAAGCUCUGUGGCUCAAAGAUGGUUGCCAGUCAGCACAGCUGGAGGAGCUCAUGGUGUCCUUGGAGCAGUGGAGACGUCACCAGUUAGAAGACACGAUGCAGCGGCUGACUGCCGAGCUGAAGGAGUUCUCUGAUGGAGAGAUGACCAUCGGGCUCACAUCGCUGACCACAGAUAAAGAGAGCUCGCAUGAAUAUAUAGAUGGACUGAAAUUCUUCACUCAACAACUUGGCUUUGAGGGUCUGGUGGUUCUUAUGUCCGUCAGCGAUUCAGUUCAUCAUCCCCGCCAGCAGGUGGCUGUCUACUCCAACAGCACAGAUCUACUGAACCAGAUCUGCUCUGAGUUAGAGGAGUCGUCCAGCUGGUCUCUUUCUGGUGAACUGGAGGGUAGAGGGAAUCUACAAGUCUACCACAUUCCUAUCAACACCUCAGCAUCCUCUGGUACCCCUCCUCUUUUAGAGAAAGAGAUAUAUGACAUCCUGAAGGAUUUUGUGGACCGGCGGAGUUCUGUUUUGGCUUGCCACCCCAGCAGCAGAACCUCCUCCACUGAGGGCGUCGCGGGCAGUGUGGAGUUCUCCCAGGGAUCAUCUGGCAUCAAUGACAUGGAUGGUUCUGACAUAGAGAGAACUGACGGAGGCAAUAGUGAUGUUGUGGCAAUAUCAAGGGGGAUGGCAGAUGGUGAAGAGGAUCCAGUAGGCGCAGGAGUCAGUGCUGGUGGGGAGCUAGUCAGCCCCGACAGUGGCAUGACCACCAUUCGUAGCAGUCGUUCUUCCAAAGAAAGUUCGGUGUUUCUCAGCGAUGACAGUCCAGUUGGGGAGAUCAUGACAGGUGGAGGUCCAACAGCAGGAGCAGGAGGAUUCUUCCUUAGAAACCCUUCUCCUCUGGGGUUAUCAUCUCUUUCUCCUCCCAUCCCACCUGAAAGGAGGAAGAAUCGCUCUAGCAGAAACAAGAGCGACAACUUUGACCUGUUUAGUUUUGAUCCAUUACACAGCAGUGACCAAACAAUGCGAGCACGAGGUGAAUUAGCAAACUCAAGUGAAAGAGGAGAUGAAGGUGAAAGAGGAGCAGGGAGCUCCAGUUUAUCAGAGCUCGAUGAGCUCAGCUUGUUAGAUUUUUCUGCUCCAUAUUCAUUGGGAGGGAUAGAAAGUGCAAAUUCUUCAAUUGACCACCACGGUCACACUCAUGGGAGCGAGAUGUUGGACACUGUGGUUCCCCCUACUCCCGUCAACAGCCUGGUCGGUAGCCGCCCACCCAGCAGCUGUGGAGUCAGGUUCUUCCCAGAGGAUGUAAUUGAAAGGAUUAAUGGCCUUCAACAUAAAGACAGUAUGUCUUCGUCUUUAUCAGAGACCUGGGAUGAACUCGGCUUUGAGACACCAGGAGGGAUGUUAUCAGGUGAUGGUAAUACCUGGAAUAGGCUCAAAGACUCUGAGAGCCCUCAGAAUGUUAUCGAGGAAGUUAGUGAUAAAGACUUAAUUGUGGACAUCAGAGAAAGAGAAAGCAGAGAAGAAAUCCAAAAGUCAGAGACGACUCAGAGGGUAAAGGGUCUCGAACCUCAGCUAAGUUUGAUCACUGAUCAGACUGAAUCAUAUGACAACUGGAACCCAGAUUCUUUACUUAGAGAUCAGUGGGAUGCCGUUUCACUGGCUGAUCUUCAGUUGACACCACCAGAGGAUGACAUAACGGGGAAAGGCAAAGCUGCUCUCAUUGGAUCAAAAGAUAGAACAUCUUCUCUGUCUUUGAAGAAACAAGUCUUGAAGAUGUUAACACCAGACACAUCUAAAGAAGAGGAUGAAGGAGUCCAAGGGGGAAAAAAACAGCUGGACUUCUGGACAUACACAGCUCAGAAGGGAUUUCUCAAAUCUGAUAGUGCCACCACCACAUCGUACCCUGAAUCUCUAGAUAUGUGGAAUAUGACAAUUCGAGAUGACAGUCUUUCACCUCUAACAACUCCUGACAACUUGUCCGAAAACUCUGGGUCCUUCUAUGGAAUACACUCAAAUUUGAAGAGCGGCACAUCUGUAGAGAGUCCAAUGGGAUACUCUGAGGGUGGAAUGCAGAUGUGGAACACCACCAUACGAGAAGAUAGUUCCUCUACAAUAGCAAGUCCAGAAGGGCCUGAAAAUGUUAAAAACCUGAGUCACAUGGGAUCAUCGGAUGCCAAUGAUGUACUCGAGUCACCUGCCAGUAAGCAGGGAGAGGAAGACAAAGCUACUACUGAGGAUCAGAUAUAUAAAGCAGUUGAGUUGAGAGGUAAUGAAAUAAAUGUGAAAAUAGUGAUAGAAUCUGCUGAAGGUGAAAUAGAGGAUGAAGGAACAGGUGACCGAGACAUGGAAAGUGUUCAGAGCCAACAGAAUUUGUCAUCUGAACAUUCAGAAGCUGAGACAUUGGUCCAACAAGGCUCUGACAUGUGGGACUUAACAGUCCAUGGCAUGGUCACCUCCACCUCUGAAUAUGACAAUGUAGGGGCCGGUGCAUGGAGCCUGACAUCCUCACCUGAUACCUAUUCCAGUCCUGUUGUAGACAUGAUACAGCUAGAGGAUCAGUCCAGCCCUUUCAUUGCUGUGACCAAACAUUUUCAAAUGGGUGAGAGCCACAACCAGGGCGAGAGUUCAGAUCCUCUGAGAAAAAGUGAAUACCUGGGGGGAUCAUUUAGUUCGACAGGACACAUCUCAAACUACUUCAGAACCGCAAUCGCCUGGGCUUACCAACAGUUCCAUCUCUCACACCAGCUCGUCGAUUGA